ACCGUCCCACACAGGACAGGUCCCAGCCUGAGAGCCGCCGGGCCGACCCUCGGAGCCGCGUGUCCGCGAGACUUUCUACCGACUCCUGCUCCCCGGGGACAAACCCAGACCAGUAUGGCCUCGUCUGAUGAAACGGAGGGAUCGCUGACUCCUGUGGAUUUUAUCCAACUGCAGCAUUACAUGGAAUGCAGUCAUCUUCACAAAAAAAGCCCUUUACAAUCUUCUCUGGAGAAUCGUUCAAGCAGCCACACAAAAACACAAACUGCAUCUCCAAAAUACAGCAGUUCAAGAGUAAAAGACGUGAUUAAGGAGUUUCAUCCGGGGGGUCGGCUGGCACAACACACCAAUGGAGAGUGUGUCGACGUCGUGGGCUUCUGCCUCUUUCUCAAAACCUAUCUGGAAGUGGACGACUUCCCUGCAGAUUUCUGCCGACGCCUUUUUCGCUAUUUUCAGCAUGUAGACCAUGAUGGGUGCGCCAAGAGCCCGGUGCCCAGAGAAGGUGGGGUCUUUCUUCGAGAUGUAUCCUGUUACUUCUCGGUGCUGGAGGACGGACAGCCGCGGGAAAAGCUUGAAUUUACAUUCAAGCUUUACGAUAAAGACUGCAACGGACUCCUGGACAGUUCUGAAGUGGAUCGUAUAAUCACCCAGAUGAUGCGAGCUGCCGAUUACCUGGGCUGGGAUGUGACUGAACUCAGGCCGGUGCUGAAAGAAAUGAUGACGGCGAUUGAUGUGGACGACAGUGGGACGGUCACACUGGAGGAGUGGGUGAAGGGAGGCAUGAACAAUGUGCCGCUGCUUGUCCUGCUUGGACUGAAGAUGACUGAACGGGAUGGACAGCACAUUUGGAGGAUGAAGCAUUUUAACAAGCCAACCUACUGCAGCGUGUGUCAGAGCAUGCUGCUCGGCCUUGGGAAGCAGGGACUGUGCUGCAACUGCUGCAAGUACAUCGUCCACAGUCAGUGUGCCAACAAGAACCCCGAGCCCUGCGCCCGCACUUUUGUUAAAUCUAAAAAGGACAUUGGCAUUGCAGCUCAUGACUGGAUCAGGGUUGACUGUAAAUCCAACAAGUGUCAGGUCUGCCACAAGAAGAUCAAAACUUUGGCCGGGAGGCGAUGUGUUUGGUGUCAGGACAUGCGCCAUGAUGAGUGCACUUCGUCUGGCGCAACGACCUGCGACUGCGGGCCGCUCAGAGACCAUAUCCUUCCUCCAUGGGCCAUAUACGCAGUUUCAAAGGAGGAGGACACCAAUCUGUUGAAUGUCACUCCUGACGGCCACGUCCUGCAGAUCGCUCCUAUUCAAAAGACCCACCCUCUGCUGGUGUUUGUCAACCCUAAAAGUGGAGGAAAGCAAGGUGAAAAAGUGCUGAGGAAGUUUCAGUACCUGCUGAACCCUCGUCAAGUGUACAACCUGUCCAAUGGAGGUCCUGCUCCUGGGCUGCAUUUCUUCCGUAAUCUGCAUGACUACAGGAUCUUGGCGUGUGGCGGCGACGGCACGGUCGGGUGGGUCCUGGAUGCUAUAGACAAAGAAGACCUGCCGGUGCGCCCUCCUGUGGCCAUCCUGCCUCUGGGUACCGGCAACGACCUGGCUCGCUGUAUGCGCUGGGGAGGAGGCUACGAGGGGUCAGACUUGAGAGAAAUCCUGAAGGAGAUCGUAGCGAGCGAAGUGAUCACCAUGGACCGCUGGAGCAUCCAGGUGAUACCAGAAGACCCCCAGGAGGCGGGAGACCCCGUGCCCUACGAGAUCAUCAACAACUACUUCUCUAUUGGAGUGGAUGCCUCUAUAGCUCAUCGUUUCCACUCCAUGAGAGAGAAACACCCCCAGAGGUUUAACAGCAGAAUGAAGAACAAACUCUGGUAUUUUGAAUUUGCCACUUCUGAGACCAUCUCCUCUUCCUGCAAGGGGCUGAAGGAUUGUCUGACUUUUGAGUGCUCAGGGAAAUAUCUGCAACUGAGCAACACUCUGGAGGGCAUUGCCGUCCUCAACAUACCCAGCAUGCACGGAGGCUCCAACCUCUGGGGCGAAUCCAAGAGGCCUGACGGCGUGCCAGCGGCGCCGCUCACUGAGGUCAUUACUGACCCUGAACUUCUUAAAAACGUCUCACAAGAUAUGACCGACAAGCGUCUGGAGGUUGUCGGGCUGGAAGGAGCCAUGGAAAUGGGUCAAAUUUACACUGGACUGAAGAGCGCGGGGCACCGGCUCGCACAGACUUCCCAAAUUACCAUCAGGACUGUCAAGGCGCUGCCGAUGCAGAUUGAUGGGGAGCCCUGGAUGCAGCCUCCCUGCACUAUCCACAUCACUCACAAGAACCAAGCGAACAUGCUGAUGGCUCCACCAGCUAAACCCACCGGCUUCUUCCACCUCAAGUAAAGACGCGGUCCCACCACACACUCCAGUCUCCUGAACGUCCCCAGCGCUGGCACAUAAAUAGUCUGCACCUGUGUAUUUUUAUAAUAUUAUGUUGUACUGUGUAUGUAUACAAGCAUAACUCCUGCUUUGAUUUUAAAUUAUUGCUUGCACUGAAAGAUCUAAUCUAAAAUCUAACCUGCUGCUACAGUGUGCCAAUUUUCAUGCGUUAUGUUUCUUUAAAUGAAAAAAAGCAAGGCAUUUUACGUAUCUACGUACAUCUUAUGGAUAUAUAUUAGUGUUGUCAAUUUUAAUCGUGAUUAAUCCAUUGAGGUCUGCCAAUUGGGUCAAAGAAAAGAACUGGAGGAUAAUAGUGUUUUUUCCUGACAUUGGGACUGAUUUAUGAAGAUUAGAUUCU